GUGAGUGAGUGACGCCGAGAUUCAGUCGGUAGUGACUGGUUGUGUGGGAGAGACUGAGAUGUACUCCAACCAGUCUUCAGAGGUCCAGCUGAAGUUUCGCUCUGGUUUUUGUUGUCAUAUUGAUGGUGAAAAUAACCACUUUUGUUAGUCUAGCGAUUUCCACGCUUGAUGUUUACGAAGUUUAACUUCAGUGAGGCUUAUUAUACUUCUGUUCUUCAAAGACUUUAUGUGGAAAUUGGUUUCUAAAAAUGGUGUGACUUUAUUAAUGAAGUGGAGCAAAAACAAUAGUUACGAAACUCAGAGGUCCUUCCCAACACAAGCGGCACGAUGAAAUAAACAAUCAUUAGGCCUACACUGCCGUCCGUCCCUUGCCCUUGGAAUUCAAUUCGACAGCGAGGAUGGUCGUCAUAAUCCUCAUUUUGUACCUGGCUGCACCUCCCGUCAGGUCGCAGUUGGCUAUGGACGCAAGAAUAUAUCAACUGUCUCCCAGGGGCGGCUAUCGCUUCAACAACAACCCCAGCCAAGUUUAUGUCCCUGGACGAGACGUUUGCAUAGUGGAAGAAGUUCCCGCCCUCAAUAUGACUUUCCCGCUGCCCUGGACCCACGGCACUUUCUGCUCUCAUAAGACGUAUCUGCAACAUCAGUGCUGCGAAGGCUUUGGAUCGGCUCCCCUAGAGUUCGGAUGUCCAGUAGUGGAAAAAGUGGUAGACGUCAUGACCGCCAUGAGAAAGAUGCCAAACGUUGAAAAGUUCUCCCAACUGAUGAGUCUUCAUUCCAUGGACCGGAGGCACUUGGACCGCUUCUUCGAGACACCGCCAGACGCCCUCACGCUCCUCGUCCCUCUGGAUGAGGGUUUCAGAGAGGCCGACAACUUCACUGCAUCGGAAUUGCGUCGGGUGGUUGAGAUUCUCCGUGGGCACACAUCCCCCCUUUUGCUGUACCACAUGCUGCCCCGCAGGUGGUACCUGCACCACCUGUACCACAACCAGCAGCUGAGGACCCUCUAUCGGGAUACCAGCGUCACGGUGACCAAACUCAGUAAUAAGAUGGUGCUGUUCAACUGCGUUCCUGUGCAGCGCGUGGACAUCCACGCAAGAGACGGAGUGCUGCAUGUGCUGCAGAGACCCCUCCCUCCCUCCUACGUCCUGUCUCUGGUCGAUCUUAUCUCCAUGGACCCGGACCUCACCAUGUUUUUCACUGUACUUGGUUAUGCAGACCUCUUAGGGUGGCUGAGGUCAGUAGAUUCUAUUACAGUGAUGGCUCCUACGAACGCUGCUUUCAAGAGGCUUCCUCUGCGGUUUUUGGAUUCCAUCACUUACGAUGUUAAGUAUUUCCCCGCCCUGCAAGCUCUCUCACGCAACCAUCUGAUGGAGGGCGUCGAGUGCUCCCUUGGCCUUCGGGCAAAGGUGAGGGUGAAGACACUAGAGGGCAUCACUCUCCCCGUUGCCUGCUCCUCUUCUUUCAACCUAAGUUUGAACUCAGCCCUCGUCACCAAACCCGAUGUUGUGACUUCCAAUGGAGUUCUUCACUACAUUGACAAAGUUAUGAUUCCCCCGAGAGCCAUGAGCCUUGUCCAAGUGACGCGACGAGCAGGCGCCACAAAAUUCAUUGAACUGGUGAAGGAGGUGGGUCUCUUUGAUGACUUGGUGUCCUUCGGUCCUUACACUGUCUUUGCUCCCUCCAAUGAAGCCUUCAAGAAACUCAACGCAUCCUUCUUGAGCAACAAGGAUGCCCUGAGGAACCUCGUCAUGUACCACUUAGCGGUGGGCUCUCACGCCAGUUUCACUCUACUCGAUAACCAGGUGCUGCCGACCCUCCUCCAGGACACCUUCCUCAGAUUGAAGGUUCAUGCUCGGGUGAUGAGCGCAGAGGACGGGGUCGUGACCAGUAGCGACCACGUAGCCUUCAACGGUUAUGUCCAUGUGGUCGACAGAGUACUCCACCCGCCCGUGUCCUCCAUCGCCAGGGUUCUGUCUAGAGACCCGAAUCUGCGGCGAUUCACGUCUCUCGUGACGCAGUCCGGCAUUGCUCUAUGGCGGGAGCUGAGCCUGGAGAAGGGACCCUUCACGCUCUUCGCCGUCCCGGAUGACGACAUGGACCGCUGGGCAUCAGAUCUCUUCACUUACUACAGGAUAAUCAAUGACGAGAAGCUUCUCAACAGGAGUCUGAGCGCCCAUAUCCUCGACGACUUCGUGAUGCCGCGGGCAUUGGAGGAAGGCUCCCACUCCGUCUUGCGCCCAAGGCUAAAGCGACCGAGUCAUCAUCGCUACCCGCUGCGCCUGACGGUCUCUGAAGGGCGUCUGUCUCUCCGACAUGCCUCCAUCAGCAAGAACUUCGUCUUGUGCACCAACGGCAUCAUCCUCUUCAUCGACACCUUGCUCCUUCCCUGACCGCCUUUUGUUUUGUACCGAAUUUUCGUGCGAGCGUGUCUUGCGCCGCCUUUUAAGACACUAAUAGCCUGUAUAAAAUAUUUUUCCCUAAGUUGCGAUGAUUGUAUUUUGAUAGAAAGUCUGACGGAAGAUGAUGAGACGCCGGAAAACACGCUCGUUUAGGAACGAGAUCUCAGUCAAGAUCCUUUUUAGUCAAAAGGUGUGUUUUAAAAGGAUUGGAACUGAUUAUAUCGAUUCUUUUCGGUUUUUUCUAUCGUCUAUUGCUCAAGAAUUGUAGGUACAAUAUCGGACGGGAACAGAAUUUCAUUUCUACACAAACAAACAAGUGUUGUUAGCUAUCAAGCCUAAAAUUUACUCAGAUGCUUAGAUUUCAUCUAUCCUGUCUCGACGAAUUUCUAAGAAUUUACACUGAGGAAGUGAAAGAAUACUGACAGUGUAUCUACCUACUGUCAAUAGUCUUCCACUUUCGCCGUGUAAAUUUUUAUAAAGUCAUGGAGAGGAUAUUGAAUCCUGUAAUUCAAAGUAACCGAUGUUUCCUAAGCUUAAAAUUUUGGAGAUAUAUAUAUAUA